AGAAGUUGAUUGGUGAAAACUGAAGAAGGCGUUGGGUUGUUGGAGAGGAAAGCAUGGAGGGGGCAGAUGAGGUGGUGAUUGCGUGUCAACUUCCCAUUUGAAGUUUCUAAGUAACGGUAUCGCCAAGGGCCAGCCGUUCAACGGUCGCCGGCAACUGUUAGGGAAAAAGAAUAAAGAAAGUAAAGAACGAAUCUUUCCGUCCGUGUUGUUCCUGAAAGCAUGCGAAAAACCUUAUCCUCAGGAGACAAGUAAAACGCUAACAUUGGGCUUUAGUUGCAAUUGGCUGCUUUUCCGAAUAUGCAAUAUCAUGGUCUCAUAGAAGUUACAGAUUACUGCUUUUGCGGAAUUCAGAGAGAUCUCAGUGUCAAACUUCUGGCGGUUGUCAAUGUUUGAUUUAACGAUGAACUGUGUCUCAGAAACAUUCAUGCCCCUGUAACUAUUGAUAAGCUUUCUCGUUUUGUUAGAUAUCUAUUUUAUUCGGUAUAAAUUGGCAUACGCAUAGAUCUUUAUACACUUCCCUGAUAGAUUUGAUAAAAUUUCAAAACCUCCCUUGAAUAGGCUCCCAAUCGGAGUCUCCUUGCCUGCUCAAACAGAAAAGUGGUUUAUUCUCUCAUUUGCGGAAUUCAUUCAAGCUGUGGGUCAUUUUGGUAACGCUUUUAUUAACAAGAAAUGAAUGAGUAAGAGACCCGUUGGUUCUAUUGUAUUGGGCACUGUCUACCUGUUCAAAAUUUCCUUCCAGUACAUACAAGAUUUUGUCUGGAAGGAUGCCGAAGGUUGUCGUGCAGAGGCAUAAUUUUAUGUAUGGCAAGUCCUUUUUCAGUGACAGGCACUCACAAAACCAGCUAGCUUCUAAAAACUCCCAUGCAGUUUUCAGCUUGGUCUCUGGGCAUGUUCACGAGAAAUUAUGUCUUGGUAGGGCGAAAAUCGAACCCAUAAUAAAAAGAAGCCACACUAUUGGUCCCUGUAACAUAGGAGUUGCAAAUGACUAUCAAGAAGGCUUGUCCGAAGAAGAUGAUGAUCUCUGUCCCGUUGAAUGUGUCAGAGAAUUCAAAACUGAUGAAGAGUUCCACAGAAUCCUGGACAAGGCUAAGGAAACUGGAGCUUUAGUUGUGGUAGAUUUCUACCGCACCUCUUGUGGAAGCUGCAAGUAUAUUGAGCACGGUUUUUCUAAACUGUGCAAGAAAUCCGGUGAUCAUGAAGCUCCUGUAAUCUUUUUAAAGCAUAAUGUAAUCGACGAAUAUGAUGAGCAGUCGGAGGUUGCUGAUCGGCUUAGAAUCAGGAGUGUCCCUCUUUUCCAUUUUUAUAAAAAUGGGGUUCUGGUGGAAGCAUUCGCAACGAGGGACAAAGGCAGGAUUAUUGAAGCCUUGCUCAAGCAUUCUUCUCUUGAACCCCAAGAUAUUUUGAGUUGACUGUGAAGCGGUAGGCCAAGUUGGUGCUGAUGCAUGAAUUUGUGCUUAAAUUUUAUUAAGCAUGAAUAAAACAGAGGAUAACUAUCUGUUCUGUAUAUUGACAUACAGUCAGAUAUCAAAUGUUCCGGUCACCUGAUCAAGGCUGUUGUAUGAUUGUGGAUAUUCUACUUCGGCCUUUUCAUUUGUGGGAAGAUUUACUCCUCUGUCUUAAAUUUUAUACACGUGCACAAUGAUGAGAAAUACAGAGUACAUAUAAUUUUCUAUGCACAAGCAACUCCUUGAGUA